AUGAAGAAGUUCGGCUUUGGUAAGAAGAGCGGCGGCGACGACGGCGACGACGCCAGCCGCUCUGCUCUCUUCGGCAGCAAGAAGAACAAGUCCCCCGCACCCGGCUCCGACAACCCAUAUGCUCAAGCACCCGCUGGCAACGACCCCUACGCCCAAGACAACAACAAGUAUGCCAACAUGACGCCCUACCAGGCAGCCCGAGCAGGCAACACUGCUCCUGGCGGUGUGCCCGGUGGCCUCCCCAGCGGACCUCGCGCUGGAGGCGGCUACGGCGCUCCUCCUCAGCCUGCGGGAGGUUACGGAAACGAAAAGUACGGCGCUGCUGGUGGCUACGGAGCCAAUCGCUACGACAACGCCAACCAAAACGCCUACGGUGGCGCUGCUGGCGGGGCUCGUGGUCCUGGUGGUUACGGAGGUCUGGGCAGAACCAACAGCAACGAUACCGACGCUCAGCGUGAUGAACUUUUUGGAGGAGCUCAGGAUCGCUACCAGCAGAAGCAGCAGCAACCUGGAGGAUACGGCAACGACGCCGCUUCUGGUGCCAGCGGGGGCUACGGUGGUUAUGGAGAGAGCCGCGAGCUGACGGCUGAGGAGCAAGAGGCCGAGGAAUACCGCGCUACCAAGAACCAGAUUAAGGAUGUCAGAAAUGAGUCAGUCAACACUGUCAAUCGAGCUUUGCAAGCUGCUAUGCAAGCUGAGGAGACCGGUCGUUCGACAUUAGCCAGACUUGGAGCUCAGGGAGAGCGUUUGCACAACACGGAACGAAACUUGGACUUGGCUGCGAACCACAACAAGGUUGCGGAGGAUCGAGCCAAAGAGCUGAAGACCCUCAACCGAAGCAUGUUCGCUGUUCAUGUCAGUAACCCCUUCACGUCCAAGUCUCGCGCGGCAGCUCGCGACGAAGCCGUCCUUGAACGCCACCGCCAAGAGCGUGAGACUCGCGAAAACACGAGACGCGAAGCGUUCCAGUCCAACCAGCGCAUGGAAGAAGCGUUCAAAGAGGUAUCUUUGUCUGGUCGCCCCCAGCCAAAGUUGGGACAGAGAAGUCAAGCCGAGCGAUCCAAGUACACGUUGCCCGAUGAUAGUGACGAAGAAGGUGCUGCGGAAGCGGAAGAUCAGGAGAGGCAGAUUGACGAAGGUCUUGACUUGCUCGGCGGUGCCGUUGGUCGACUGAAUAACUUGGCCAGAGCCCAAGGCGAGGAGGUUGCAAGACAAGACACUCUUAUUUCUAGAAUUGGCCAGAAGAGCGAUGCCGUGGACGAUUCAACGAGGAUGAACAGAGAGCGCCUGAACCGCAUCAAGUAG